UUUUCCCUUUCCCUUUCCUCUUUCCCGACCGAGCAAUCUGGGCAGACUUUCCCGCAGCGAGCGAGCGAGCGCCCAGGCGCAUUUCCCUGUGCCAGGAGAAGCCCUGGGGCAGCUCGCCGGACUCCAGGGAGCGCUGUGUCGCCGCCCGCCGGGGGAGGGGAAGGGAGCCGCAGGAGGAGAAGGCGGCAGCCCACCAGGCGCAUCUGGAGCCGGGAGCCGAGGGCGCAGCCUGCCUCGGUGCGGCUGAUGGGUGCACUCCGGCCAGCUGCCACAGCCACAGCCACAGCCACAGCCACAGCUCCGGGCUCCAGGUUAUCGUACUGCAAGGUGUAUUUACUUUUCAAACAAGGUCGUUAGCCAGCUGACCCACUCCUGUAGUUCCUGAAAAACAAAAAACAAAAAUAAUGAUUUGCCAGUAUAGCUGAGAACUUCCUCAAAAGGAAAACUGGCCCGACUUUCUUUCCUUGGCAGCUAAGAGUCUGUGAAGGUGGACUGCAUUUCUUUUUAUGAAGUAUUACUAACGGCUUGACAUCGACAAAUUAGACAGAAUUCUCAUCAUGGAGAAUACAGAUGCAGAUAACUGGGCAUCAAAAGCAGAGGAUAAAGAUCCACCCCAAAGUCCUUAUUCUGUUGAAACCCCCUAUGGCUUCCAUUUAGAUCUUGACUUCCUGAAGUAUGUCGAUGACAUUGAAAAGGGAAAUACUAUCAAGAGAAUUCCAGUCCGGCGGAAAGCUAAGCACCCCAAAUUUAGCACCCUGCCUCGGAACUUUAGCCUUCCAGAAAAUGGAUCCAAUGUCUAUUCGUCUUCCUUAAACAAGAAUUUCCUUACACAGAGAAAGACCUCUUUAGAUGCAGAGGCGAGCAGGUGCCUGGUCACAUCCACUGAUGUGUCUUCAUGUUUACCUUUUCCCCAAGGACCAAGCUGCAGAAAGAAAGCCCUGCUAAUAGAGACUGUCAAACAAGAUCCUCUUCCCCUUGAAGGGGAGGCUGCCAAUUGUAAAGGAAGGCCUCAGCUUCUAAGGACAUCCAGCAUGCCUGCCCAACUUCCACCAAUUCGAAAUUUAGAAGAAGAAACUCACCAGGCAGCUUUUCUGCCUUCAGGAUCCCUUCAGUCUUCCAAUGGAAAUGGUUUAGAGCUUGAUUUUAGCCCCGCAAAAAAACCACCCGAGUUAACGAGUUCCAAAAGACCUUCAUUACCCACUCAUGAAAAUCUAACAGAUAUGAACGAACAAACCAAUAAAGCCAUCCAGGAUUCUGAGAAAAGUCCAGGAUUAAGGAGUGAAGCUCAGCUUCUGUUAGACCAGCAACAAACAGAGCUUCCUAAGGAAAUAACACAACUCAGUGAUCCACAGCAAAGCCAACCCCUGAUUUCUCAGAAACUCCCUGAGGCGGUCGAGAGUGGAGAAGAAUGUCAUGAGACACAGGUGUAUCCAUCAUCAGUUCAGAGUGGAUUGGCCCCUACCGGUACCUCAGAAAACAUGCCUAUAAAGAAAUCCCAGGAAGAAAUAGAACUUAACAUAUGUGAGGCUGUUACAGAAGAAGUAGAGGAAGAGGGUGAAGUGACAGGUCUUAGCGCUAGAGAAGUGGGGAAAAAUAUAGAACUCGAGCCCUUCCUUCUCAAAGAUCCCAGCAAUAUAAGAGCAUUACAGCAGCAUAUUGCAAUUCUGGAGAAGCAGCUGAAUCACAAAACAGAAGAACUUGAACAGAUCCGGAUAGUUUUGAAGCAACAGGAUCAAGAAAUCAAAGCAAAAGAGAGAAGCAUUGAAUUGCUAGCAAGUUCUAAAGCCCAGCUGGAAGAAAAGCUCUGUGGGGAGAACAUCAAAGAAAUUAAGCCGGGCAUGCAGGUCAGAAAUGCCCCCCAAUACUUCGAUGUUGCUGUGAAUACCGAACAUGUACAUGAAAAGGUGAUGCAUGAAAAAGAGAUUUCUGUAAGCAUUACGCAGCUUGUGGAACCUCUAGGAGGCGAUACUUAUGAGGCUGAUGAUAAAAAUGAGGAAGUAUGUAAAGAGUUACUCUGUGCUGAGAUAUCAGGUGUUUCUGCUGAUGAUGGAGGAAGAGAUAAGCCUACUUUGCAAAAAAACAAGGAAGGAGGGAGAAUUGCUCAGGAAAGUGAUUGCCCCAUUGUUGAACCAAGUUAUAAUGAGCUACAUGUUGAUAAUGAAAACAACAAGACAGAAAGAAACCUUUUGACUGCUCAGCUCUUUGUUCCUGGUGGAGAAAAUGGUUCUGCUCCCAAGCCCACUGACAUAAAAUCCAAAGGAAUGCAAAUCAUUUUUCAAGAAUAUGCUCCACAAGAUCAAGAGGAGCGGAAUCAUCAAGAAGCAAAGGAAUCACCUGCAGAUCCCAUUGUGGGCCAAUACCUUAAAAAAAUCCAGGAUCUCUUACAAGAGCAGUGGCUGUGCCUAGAACAUGGCUAUCCCGAGCUAGCCAGUGCAAUAAAGCAACCUGCCUCAAAGCUCAGUUCGAUCCAGAAUCAACUUGUUAAUUCUCUGAAUUUGCUGCUCUCUGCCUACUCAGCACCGACACCAGCAGACCAAGAGAAUUCCAACACACAGUAUCAACAGUUGGAAAUCUCUCCAAGUACCAGUCUGAAAUCUAUUAUGAAAAAGAAAGAAGCUGGUUUCCAUGAAGGAAGCAACGGCACCAAAAAGAACCUUCAGUUUGUUGGGGUAAAUGGUGGUUAUGAAACCACAUCCAGUGAAGAUUCUAGCUGUGAAGAAAACUCUGAAGGUGACUCAGAUAAUGAGAUGGGCAGAAAACAUGGGAGCGAAGAGCAAAGUUGGGGGCAAGAUGUCAAAGAGGAUGAACAAUCAACAUCUGCAACUCCUCAAAGUGCAAAGAAGGACCGUGAUCCAGGAAAACUAGAGGAAACCACACAAUCAACAAUGCAAGAUAAAGUUGAGCGAUUUAGACCCUCGGGAGAUUUUCUCAAAGGGUGCCAGAUCUUAAGCAAAAACUUGUCAGAAAUAAGGACCACAAAGGACAAAUUCCUGAGGCAUGUGUUGAGCACUGUCUGUCAGGAGUGGUUCCGGAUCUCGAGCAGGAAAUCAUCCUCCCCUGGAAUUGUUGCAGCUUACCUCCAGGAGAUUGAGAUGGUUCAUCCCCAUCUUCAGAGUGUCAUUGUCAAUUUAGCCGACGGAAAUGGCAACACAGCCCUUCAUUACAGUGUUUCACAUUCUAACUUUUGGAUUGUGAAGCUUCUUUUAGAGACAGGUAUUUGUGAUGUGGAUCAUCAAAAUAAAGCUGGGUAUACAGCAGUAAUGAUCACUCCACUAGCAUCAGCAGAGACUGAGGAAGAAAUGGAAGUAGUCAAGAAGCUCUUGCAAGAAGGCAAUGUCAAUAUAAGGGCUAGCCAGGGUGGACAGACUGCCUUAAUUUUGGGAGUGAGCCAUGACAGAGAAGAUAUGGUGAAAGCAUUGCUGUCUUGCAAUGCUGAUAUAAAUCUUCAGGAUGAGGAUGGCCUAUCACCAUUAAUGGUGGCUUCUCAAUAUGGAAAUUUGGAGAUGGUGAAACUUCUUUUAUCUCAUCCAGGUUGUGAUCCUGCAUUAGUGGACAAGGCUGGCAAUUCUGCUUUGUCCCUGGCUUUGAAAUCUGCCCACAUGGAAAUUGUAGAGUUCCUUCGGACCCACAUGCAUCAUACUCAAUCUCUGAAUACAUAAAACGAAAUGGACAAAAACCUGUAUCUGAUUGAAUGAGAAGUUCAUAACAAAAGACUUAUUGUAUUAGCCAACUGUGUAACCACUUUAUAUGCCAAUGAUUUAGCUGAUAACCACUGAUGUAUCUACUUACAAAAAAAGGAAUUAUGCCAAUUAUUUGCAUACAUUCCUCAUGAAUGAAUCACUCUCCUCAGCUGCUUUUGUAGUCCUGAUUUAUGACCACUGCAACAAAUAAGAAUUAGAUUAUUGUAUUGCUUUUAUAGUAAUAGUAAUAUUCUUUUUUUUUCAAAUUAUUGCCUUCUUAAGGGAGAGAUUUCAGCCUAUUUUUUUAUUUUUCAAAAUACCUGUGAAAAACAUUAAGAAGCUACCUUUGAAAAGCACUAAGAAGCUAUUUGUUGACAUACGUCUUCAGUUGCUUAGAAUGAUGGCAACCCAUUUAUAAGGAUAAAAUGCUUCCAAAAAUUUUAUGAACAUACCAAAGCUAUUCAGUGAAGAUAUUGGUAACACUGACCUAUUUUGACCAUAUAUUUGCAUAAUCUGAUACUAGAUCAUUUUAUAUGAAUUAUCAGGGUACCACGAUCCAGUAAAGCAGAUAAGCUAGUUAUAGUCUUCCUGCAAGGUCACUCCUCUUGAUUCUCUUACUGGCUUCACCUUGAUGUUGCCAGAGUUUACUUAAUUCUAGAAACCAAUUCAUUGUUGCAGAAGGGAAUCGGUUAAGUACCAGAUUUUGUUCUCGCUAGAGAAGGGACUACUUAAGGAAAUAGUUUGGGCCUGAUCUCAAUGCUGUCUUGAGGAUCCUUAUUAGUAUAAAUGGUAUUGAAACUCUUAUGCCCAAGAAUUGCUAGAUCAGAGGUCCCCAAAUCCCAGAUGAUGGCCCGUUUGGAACCGGGUUAUGCAAGUGGUGGGCAAGUGCAUGUGCACUCACUUGCCACUUGCGUGGAACCAUCAUGUUCUGACCCAGCUCCCAAGCACGACAAACUCUCUGUAGUUAAACAAAUGUUCCCUUUAUUAGGAACACCAGCAGCCUCAGCAAAAGGUCUCUCACAGCAGGCUAAUAAGUCUGUCCAACAGGGAGAUAAAUAGUUGUCUUCCACACCUAUUCAUCUUUUAUCCCCAGAGCUGGUGUGGGGCUUUGCUAGCAGUGGUGGCUCUUCCGUCCCAAGGAUUGGCCCAUAGAUUUCCACUCCUCUCCUUUGCACAUCUGCGCAUCAGGCACUGGAACCAGCUGUUCCUCUUCUUCCUCAUCAGCCACCUCUAGAUCUGGGAGCUGUUGACUCUCCAUAUGAGGGCUGAUGGACAGUCCAAGCUCUACUUCUGUCUCUAUCUCUGACAGCUCCAUUCCCUCUUCCCACUUGGAGCUCUCAGAUUCCCACUGACUCCCACACCGACUCCUCAACUGAUUUGGCUGCUGGAGGGGCUGGCAGCUGACAGGCCACAACACAUCGCCUUUCCCUCCCUCCCACUGCCACCAUCCCCACUGCUGGUCCACAAAACUAGAAAAGGUGGGGACUGCUGUCCUAGAUGUCAUGAUAUACACUAUCCUUUAAAAAGCUUCUAUAGUGUUCCCAUUUUGUACAAAUGGAGAAAGUGGAGCUGGUCUCGCAAGAAACCUAUUGUGAGUGCUCUGGAUCUAGUGAUGAAAUCUAGCCCUUUGUUGUCUUUCAUAUUCUGUAUUUACAGAGGAUAACGUAAAAUUGGAUCUGUUCUUUGCCAGCCUUGACAGAAAUCAUUAGCUAUUAGUAUGCUAAUUUUAGGAAUGCUAUAUUAUCAUGCUAUGCUUUUCUGUCCAUGCUAAUAGCUAAUGAUUUCUGGUAAGGGUGGCAAAGAACAGAUCAAAUUUCAUGUUAUCCACUGCAAAGCUAGACAUAAUGGGCAGAUAAACAAAAAGACAUGGAAUUAAAAUGUAGAGACCCCCGUAGUGAGUUCCUACAGCCCCAGAAAAACCAAUUUAUUGAAUUAGCUGAGAUAGAGACCCUGCUUUUAAAAGAAAUGUCUAGUAUUUUGCUCCCAUGGCAGAUAUUUCCAAUUUAGCUAUAAGCACAGUAGUAAAGCAAUACUUAUAAAAUAGAUAGUGCAUGCUAUUUUUAACUAGCUGUUUCAAAACAAAAUUCAGUUAUAGUAAUUUGUAAUUUGUGCUAUUUAUUAGUAUUGAUUUUGGUAGAUAUCAGUGAUCAGUGCUUUCUUAGCACGCACUAAAUAUAGAUUAAGAUAUCCUUUACAUACUAAUCCAAUUGCCUUGACAUAUAUGCCUGUAAGAACAAGUAUUCAAAACUCAGUGUAUCAGACAGAGCCUGGAAAAUAGAUUCAAAUCUACUAGUAAACUUAAGGGGAUCACCAGGUCAAUGAUUCCAAAUGAUUUAACCAAAAUGAAAAUAAAUGCUUCUUCUAAAUUAGGGAAUUGGUUUUUUUUUAAAAAAGGAAGAAUAGGAGUGAAGUUGUGUACAAACUCUAGUUUUGACAUUAAAAAGAAAUGCAUGGGCUCAUUUAAAUCUAAUUGAGCUUAGCUUGUAAUAAAAAUGUAAGCCCAUAUAAAUAGCAAUAGCCUGCUUAUUUUUUAUUUAGAAAAAUACAUGAAUGUAUCCAGUCCAAAUGCACACAUUAUUUCUUAUAUAUUAAAAAGCACAAAGACUUUGUUCUCUGUCCCUUUGGAAUUAUUAUAUGCACAGCACUUUUAUGUCAUGCAAUUUGUAUUUGAUCAAAAUACUAAUGAACUAUAUUUUUCUCUGGAAGCUUGAGGACAGCUUUGAUACAAGUACUGUUUUUUCUUCCUGGGUUUCUUUUUUGGUAAGUGAAGCACAAAGAAUUUCCUUGCAAGGAUGAUUAUUGUUUGAGGUAUUUUCACAGUUGGGUUUUGCAGAGUCUGUCUCAUUAUGACUUCAUGUAAAAGGUGCUUUUGGGCAAACAUCUGUUCUUUGGUUUCACUAAACAAAACUCUUGGAAAUCCCAAAUUUGGGGAAAUGAAAUGCGAUGUAAUAAUUUAGCUGAUUCUACUUACUGAGUAUCCUACCCAUAGGGUAGCUGGAACAUACAGGUAGUCCUUGACUUACAAACAUUUAUUUAGUGACUGUUCAAAGUUACAACGGCACUGAAAAAAAACUGACAAAUUUUGGACUCAAUUGUGUUGGUAAAGUCAAGGACUACUCGAAACCACUGUAGUGCAUAGGAGACAGACUUUUCUUGAUCUUCCAUAGUUCAUACAAUAACUUUCAAACAUACAUUCCAUAGUCUUAAAACUAUGCAGGCAACUCCUCAGCCCCCACAUCUUGCCCUGUGGAUCACUUAAAGU